UCAUUUUAACUUUCAUGAAUAAAACUACGGAUGUUAAUGUAUAAUAACGCAAACGUAAGAUGAAUUCGACAAUAUCUGAUGAUUUAACCCGUGAGAAUUUAACGUUAGAAGCUGUAGAGUGUCUAAAAAAUAUAUCAGCGAAUAGUCAGAGCGUUACAUUACUACACAAGGAACUGUUAGAAAUAAAUUUAUCAAUAACUGCUUAUAUCGAGGAAAGUAAAAAACGUCUCGCAGGGCUCCGAUUGGAAUUAGCACACGACGCAAAGAGUUCCCAAAGAGUUGUUGAAAUACUCUGUGACAAAUAAAAUGUCCUCGCCAACUACUCCACGCAAACGCAACAAUAACCAGUCAAAAUACACCAAACCUGUGCAGGAAACCAAUAAUAACUGUAACAACAAAUUUUCUGAACGUCAACAAGCCAGGACCUUCAUAGCAUGGUACAAACGCAUGAUAGAUAAUGAGCGUUACAACCUCUCACUGUACUUAUCUGAUGACGCUAUACUUGAAUGGUUUGGCCGUACUAUAAAAACCAGGAAGAAAGUUACCGCAUUCUUGAAAUAUGAUAUGCAAUGUUCCCACCAUGAUUUUACCACAAUUGAAAGUAUUGAUAAGAUUGAGAGCAGGCAUGAAAGAUUAACAAGAAAAGAUGACUCCAUACUGGCUAGUCCACUACAUUCCCCAGAACUUAUCAGAACUAAAGAUAAUGGUCACAAAAGAAGGCUGCUUAGGUCUAACUGCAGCAGUCCAGAGUGGUCUGAGGGUUGCCAGCCUCUCAGUGACAUAAUCAUAGACAUUAAACCAAAGACUGACAACACAGCACCUGAUGAAGAUAAGAGAAAUGAAAUAGAUCAAAAUGCACUAAAGAGGUCAUAUCCAGAGGAAGAUACAGAUGUUUGUAACAAAGGUGAUGGUGUUCGUAAAGUCAAGAGGAAGUGUGUUUCAAUAACUCCACCAAACCAAGAGGUGGGCCAGGGUGAUUGCCUGCCUUCCACUAGUGGCACAGACUCUGACAGAUCACACGACACGCUCAACGCACAGUUGCCGAAAUUAGCUGUAGAAUGUAAUGGGUACAUAGAGUUUGCUAGGACAAGGAAUAGCAGAAGCAGUGAUGCUAUGACUUGGGAAAGAAAAUGUAAAGUACAAAUAAGCUAUUCUGAGGACCCUUUGAAUGUAGGCGAGUAUAUUAUUUGGGCAUUAAGGUAUGCUGACGAGAGCAAGUGCAGGCGGAAUCUAUUGGCUGCUUUUGAAGAAGUAGCUCUUGAACAAGAACUCAAGAAGAUUUAGAUUUUUAUGUUUAUUUUACUGUCAAAUUGAAGUAAAAGUGCAAUGUUAAUAAUAAUAUGAAAAUUGUUAUAAGAUAGUAUUAUAUGUUAAAGGGCACUAGAAUUAAUUUAUCACCAUGGUACAUCAUAAAGUUUUUAUGUGCUCCAUGAAAUAUAUUAAUCCUAUUAUCCUUUAUAUUUGAAGUUGUUAUUCCACUUUGAUCAAUGUUGUACACCAAGAGUAAUCAAUUUGACAGUAAAUAUAACAAGCUAUUCAAUGGAUGCAAUUAUACAAUUUAAUAACCUUGUGAUAUGAAGAUAUUGUAUUUUUCUAUGUUGUAACAUUUAUUUUUAUGUAUUUUAUGAUACUGAUUGUUUACAAUGUGACCAACUGUACCUCUUGACAUUAUGAAUUUGUAUGCUAGUAGUAAUUUUUAUAACAUUACUUUUAAUAACUGUACUCUUUAGAUUUGACCAAAGUUUUUUAAUCCAGUUUAAUUUUCUUAUGUAGGAUUAGUUGACACAUUGUGUUGACUUAUUAUCACAAACAACCCAGCCUAUGGUAGUCCAGGUGAUGGACAUAAGUUUUUAAAAGAGUAAGGCUACAUUCCUUUCCUCCAUGCUGAUGUCUUAUUAAAUGUUGAAGAAUAUUUUUAUGAAAUGUACCAGCGUCAUUUAUCUCGCUAUUGUUCGUCUUGUUUGCAUUAUUUGAUAGAAGUAAAAGAUGGCACAAUAUAAUUGAUAUUUCAUUAUUUACAGCACAUCUACAUCUAUUUGUUUUUAACUUGGAGUCUGUUAAUUCUGAUUGCUACAAUGUCAAGGGAAUAUUUGAGACGAAGGAACCGGAUUUUUUGACGUAGUUUUCCAUUGUUAUAUGAAAGAGGUUAUUAUGUAUGGAUAAACUGCCUCAAUAAAUUAUUUUUCACUCUUGAUCCCCCAAGUGAUAUUUUAUCAAUCGCAAUUACGGAUUCGGCGAUCUCUGUCAAUUCCACUAUCCUGUUUACCACCGACUUGUAGCUUGUAUUCAUUAGGUUUAGUUAUUAAUUUUAGUUACAAAUGUUAGCUUAGUACUAGGACUAUUCAUUAAAUUGUGACUCGGAUCUUGUUCAUGCCAUUAUCAACUAUUUCAGUCAUGUUGACCAUGUAUUUUAGGAAA